ACCCAGGCCACGGCUGAGGCAGACGCCCUAGAGGUUCUGGACCCCAUCCGCAGCACCAAGCUGACCAAGAAUGCCCUGCCCAUGAAGCCAGUGUUUGGCCACUUGCUCAAGGUCAUUUCGAAUGAGGUAGGCUGAUGCCUUCGCGCGCGCGGGUGAGGACGUGGAACGGGACUGAUGAACGAGCACAGAAAGAGGGACUAUGCGCGGCUCAAUUUUGCCACGAGAUGCAGGACUUCUUGACUUGGAUGCGGAUUCGGUGCCACGGACUGGCGGAAUCUCUGCGACGGAUCGUCGGGUUCGGGGAUGGAAAAUUGAUUGAAGUCUGUGCAGACCUGAUCGAUAAGCAGUAUGCCAUGACGAUCACCGAGUAUGAGAAGCUUAUUCGAUCUGGCCGCGACGAGGACCAGCCCGAUGACCCAGGCGAUGAUGCGGGACCUCCUGGGCAGGGCCCCCUUUAGGAAUGAGAAACCGGAGUGUCGACAGCGAAACUGAGUCGCACGGAAGACUUCUAUGUAGUGCCUUGAGUACUGUACAUAGAAAGUGGCCCCGGCCGGAUAGGAACAAGGUCAUUGACUUGGAAUGACCCUAAAGAGCUCUAAAGGACCCCAUCCCACAUGUAUGCUAUGAGUAUACCUCGUAUUCACUACCCGGUGCGACGCCUGGCCGCAUCUGGUCAGCCGAAGUGACUGAAACACAUUUUUGCUUAUGAUCUAGAGCGCGUGCAUGACCCACAUGGAACAAUAUCUUGUCAGCCUUUAAGCAAACCAUUCGCCAUACUGCAAUGCUGGCUGGGAAGGUCCGUAGACAAAAGACAGCAAUCGUUAAG